AUGGCCCUGGCCGGGUCCGACGUCCUCGCCGAGAGCUGGACGUCGGCCGCUCCAGGCUAUGACGAGCUCUUCGUGCCGCGGUUUGCGCCCUGGACGGAGGACGCGCUCGCGGCACUGACGCAGCACAAACACUCGCUCCCGGAAGACCACGAGGUGCUGGUGCCGUGCUGCGGUCCGGGCCAGGAGCUGCUGCCGAUCGCAGAGCUCCUGGGUGGCGAGCGGGCCGUUCGCGGCACCGAUCUCGCGCCGGGAAUGAUCGAGAUUGCGCAGAGCCGCUGCGUCGCCGCGGCGGCCCGCUUUGGCCGCAUGUCUGCUGAGGUGGGAGACGCCAUGGCGCCCGGAGCGGGCCCGUACGCCGCCAUCUUCUCCGUGUUUGGCCUGCAGCAGCUACCCGACCCAGUCGCUGCCAUCGAGGCCUGGGUGCGCGCACUCGCCCCCGGCGGCGUCGCCGUCGUCUGCUACUGGCCAAUGGGCGCGGGCGAGCGGCGGCACCGCAUCGAAUGGCCGUGCCCGGCCGGCAUGUGGGAGGGCAUGACACGAAGCGGCCCGUGGCAUGCGCAGCGUGUCCGCCGCGGAGACGCCUUUGUGGACGGGCUGAGAGACGACUUCCUCGCCCCAGUGAAAACGAGUCUGCUCUACUAUACGUAG